AUGGACAAUAAGACAUAUUCGACGUCAAUGGGCACAUUAUUAAAUUUAGAUAUAUUAUUAGAAAUUAUCAAACGACCGAUACCUGUUCUAAUUGGCUUUAUAGCUCAGUUUGGACUUAUGCCCUUAAUUGCAUUAGCAAUAACAAAAAUAUUUAAAUAUAAUGCUUUAUUUGGCUUGGGGUUAUUCGUUGUUGGAUGUUGUCCAGAUAAAUGA